CACGACCACAUACACAUAGUACACACAAGACACACAUACACACAUACACACAUACACACGACAGCCGUUACAAUGAGUGUCGCCAACGACGACGAGCCGUCCUACAUCGACUACGAGACCUUUCUCGACCCAGGGUUCAGCCCCGCCGCCUUCGCAAACACGCUUGUGCUGGCGACCAACAACCCCAACGAUGCGCCCCUCGACCUCUCAACACCCCUCUCACGCGUCCUCUUUGACAUCCAGGAGAUCGACUCCCAUAUCGACGUCCUAACUACCCGAUCCGCCAUCCCGCUCCUCACACAUACCAAAGAACAGACCGAAGCCAGCGGGCGCAUCGUCGGGGAACUCGACACCCAGAUCAAGGCCCUCAACGACAGCUACAAACAGCUCGAAAAGGAGGUUAUCCAGAAACAUGCCGAAGCCGAAGAAGUCCGUCUUGUGGCCUCCCGUCUCUGGGAAACCCUCAAGCUGGGCCGAGCAGUAGGCCGCGCUCUCCAACUCGGUCGCCAGCUUGAAGUCCAACACGCCGAACUGACUGGUUCUGCCUCAACAACCGUCACCACCUCCUCCGCCAGUUACGGCAUCGAGCGCGUCGCCGUCAUCCGCACUCUGCGCGACAACAUCUACCUCCCCACCGAACGCUCAGUCCGCGAAUCCGCCGAGCGCAUCAUCCGCGAGUUUUCCAUGGGAUCUGCGUCGGGUACCUUGACCUUUGCCCAGUCCGAAGAAACCAGGGCGCGAACUGUCUCCGGCCUAACAACGCUCUACCUCUUGUCGCCAACCACGCUCGCUAAGAACGAAAAGUGGUCGCCAACCCUGAUGCUCCAAUCUCUCGAAUCCUACCUCCGUACCGCUCUGCAAUCCUCUACCGCGUCCUUGUCCCGUGCCCUGGCUACCCUGCCUUCGCUGGAACGCACACUAGCAGACGUCACAGCCCGCUGCCAAAACGUCGUCGCUUUGGAAGCCGUGCUAGAAGCAACCAAGAUUCCCUCUCACCCCUUGGUCCAGGGGCAGCAAGCCACGCCCAAAACAGGAGGAAACAUGCUUCAGCCUUUGCUGGCGUACUUGGAAACCGGUUCAUUAGCGAGUUAUUUCUGGAGAACGAUGGCGAGCAAUCUGGCGCCGAGGGUACAGGAGAUUAUGAACAAGGGAGGGGUGUCGGCGAGGACACUGAGGACGAAUAGGCAGAGUGUCGGGGAGGCGAUCAAGGAGUGUGUGGUGAAGGGCUGUGUGUUGCCUAGUGCGGUGGCGGGGGCGGCAUCCGGGGAUAGGGGAAGGAAUGAUGAGAUGAAGGAUGGGGAGAAGAGUGGACGCUGGGAGAGGGAGGUUGCGGUUAUGGUGGGGAGUGUGGUCAAUAAUAUUGGGAGGUAA